AUGGGGAGAAAUGGUUCAAGAUCUAUGUCGUACACUCACCGCUCCAAUUCCUAUCGCCAUAGUCGGAGAAGCAUAAGAUACCCAAGUCCUUCCCCCUAUCAUUCCACUACCCGUCCCAGGAGAAGCAGCCGUUCAAGUUUCCUCAGCCGCCAACGCAGAAAGAAGUUUAAGAAAGAGGAAGAAGAGAAGAAAAGGAGUGAAGCAGAGUUGAAGAAGUUAGAAGAAGAUGCAGCUAGGAGGAUGGAAGAACUAAUUCAGAAGAAUGUUGAAGAAAUGUUAAACUCUGAAGAGACUAAAUUAGAAAUACAGGGGCGAAUAGAGGAAGGUCCCAAGAAGUUGUUUGAUGAUGUUGAUGUGCAGCUUGAGAAAGAGAAAGAAGUCGCUCUUACUGCUACAAGACAAAAAGAAGAACAAGCUCGAAAAGAGAGAGAAGAGAUAGAUAAAAUGCUGGAAGAGAAUAGAAGAAGGGUAGAAAAAGCUCAGCGACAAUUAGUUCUGGAGCUGCAACGGAAGGAAGAAGAACAAUAUUGUGAGCUCAAGUUGANGGGACAUUUGAAGGGUAGUGGAGAGUAA